UAGUGAGGCUGCUGAGGAUGCAGCAGCAUCACCGGGAUGCAGGAUCCUCCUCCUCCUCCAUCUGGACACCGGAGGAGCAUCUUCUCCCUGUGACGUCAUGACAGCAGCAUCAGCUGUUAGCUCUGCUUUAAGCUUUUUCGCUGCCGAUCGCUGCCUGCACAAAGGAAAUAUAUGAGAUCCCCUCUCAUCCCUGAAAUGGCGACACAGGAGGUACAGCUGAAUGAGACUCUGGUCCAUCUCAAAACGGAGUCGGAGACGCUGAAGUCGAAGCUGGAGGAGGAAAGAGCGAAGCUGCACGAUGUCGAGCUACAUCAGGUGGCAGAGAAGGUGGAGGGCCUGGGUCAGUUUGUCAUGAAGACCCGUAGAACUCUGAAGGGACAUGGCAACAAAGUUCUGUGUAUGGACUGGUGUAAGGACAAGAGGAGGAUCGUCAGCUCUUCUCAGGAUGGGAAAGUGAUUGUAUGGGAUGCUUUCACCACCAACAAGGAGCAUGCUGUGACAAUGCCUUGCACCUGGGUGAUGGCCUGCGCCUACGCCCCCUCCGGCUGUGCUGUAGCUUGUGGGGGCCUGGAUAAUAAAUGCUCUGUCUAUCCUCUGUCUCUGGACAAAAAUGAGAACUUGGCUGCCAAGAAGAAGUCAGUGGCCAUGCACACAAACUACCUGUCAGCCUGCAGCUUCACCAACUCGGAUAUGCAGAUCCUGACGUCCAGCGGGGAUGGGACAUGUGCAUUAUGGGAUGUUGAGAGUGGGCAGCUGUUGCAGAGUUUCCAUGGACACGCAGCAGACGUGCUCUGUCUGGACCUGGCCCCCUCCGAGACUGGAAACACGUUUGUUUCAGGGGGCUGUGAUAAGAAGGCCAAUGUGUGGGACAUGCGUUCAGGACAGUGUAUUCAAUCCUUUGAAACUCAUGAAUCAGACAUAAAUAGUGUGCGAUACUAUCCCAGUGGAGAUGCAUUUGCAUCUGGCUCAGAUGAUGCUACAUGCCGUCUGUAUGACUUAAGGGCAGACAGAGAAGUGGCUAUUUAUUCCAAAGAGAGCAUCAUAUUUGGGGUCUCCAGUGUUGAUUUCUCUCUCAGUGGACGGCUAUUGUUCGCCGGCUAUAACGACUACACCAUAAAUGUUUGGGAUGUUCUCAAAGGAACACGGGUCUCUAUUCUGUUCGGACAUGAGAACCGCGUCAGUACGCUGCGUGUUUCCCCAGAUGGGACGGCCUUCUGCACAGGUUCCUGGGACCACACUCUUCGGAUCUGGGCUUGAGGAUGAAGACACAGAGGAUGAAAUGGUAGACAGACCUACUGAAGAUACACCAACGUUUCUGUUUGCUAGAGUACAAUCACAGAGAUAGAGACUCAGUUUUGGUUGUACAUAGGGCAUAUCAAUAGCAUUGUAUAUACUCCAGUCUCAUGGCCACGUUAGAUUUACAUAUUUCAGAGAGUAAUUAAACCAAAUGGCACGCGCUUGUAUUACAGUAUGAUUGAAAGAAAAUUGCACAGAAGUACUUAUGGUUACUAAACUAAAGAUGUAAAAUGUAUAUUGCCGAAAAUAACAUUGGUAGUGACUAGCAUCAGUCUAGGAUAGAAGUAACACAAUGAAGUGAUGUGUGUAUGUGCCCACAUAUAGGACAUUACUUGUUUAUUUAUUUGUUUUUUGCACAAAAAAGAAUGGAGGAAUGCAAUAUGUAGAAGCAAAUGUAUUACAAGGAAACAAAACACAUCUGUAGGAGAAGCAGUAAGGUUUUAAUGGAGGUCUCAACUUCACUUGGCUUCACUUUCUCAUGCCACAGACUGAGAAAAAAGAGACGAGAGGAGGGGGAGUUGCGGGUUCUCCGUAAAUGAGAAAUGUUGAAAUAUGAGGAAUGUUUAGAUUGGCUUGUAGAAAUUAAUCAACAUUAGUUAUAAAUAGUAUUGGAUAUAAAGGAACAUUAUUAUGAACAAAAGUACAAAUGUGUGGUUUAUUAAAAAUGGAAAUAUAUUUAAUUCCACACCCUGUGCACCCAACAAGCCUUGACAGCUACUCACCUGCUGAUAUUAUAAAAAGAAAGCACAUAGUUACAGGAAAACCUAAAAUACAUGAGGUUUAUUUUCCCUCCGUAUGAUUUUGAAAUAUGGUUUACCUCUCAUCUGUCUGUUUCUUUCUGCUUUAUGUGCACAUUUAGUCAUUGCAGACACCCUGAAUCUCUGAUAUCUGAAUACUAAUAAAUAAAAAUGUGUUUAAAUUCUUAGAAUGUACUCCUUUUCAUGCAGUUGUCCAAUGGCUGUUAUUUCAUAUUUAUUGUAAUUAUUUUAUUGUAGUUAAGUGUACAGUUAUUAAAGGGACUGUUUAUCAAAGUAUUCCAAAACAUAAUAAACUGAGUUUUGAAUAUCA